GUGUAAAAAUAUCAAGUGUUGGUUUUUUUUUCUUAACCUUAAAACGGAGGUUUUAAUAAUUUAAUUUUUUCGAACAUUAAAAAAAAAUAAAUAAUAGAUUUAAUAAGAAGUUUUGUUUUUUCAUUAAUUAAAUAAAUUGUAAUAAAUAAAUAAAUAAAUAAAUAUCAAUAAACAAUGGCAAGAUAUUCAAGUGAUUCAGAUUCUGAUCGAAGUAAUAAAUACCGAAAAAAACAUUAUCGAAGAUCCAGAUCAACCAGCUCAGAAUCAUCUGACAGUUCCUCUCAUCAUAAGAGAUCUUCAAAAUAUUCUAAAUCGAGACGUCGUUAUAGAUCUCGUUCAAGAAGCCGUGAUAAUCAAAGAUCUAAAAGCAAUUAUAAGUCAUCACCAGGAAGUUCUAAAAAUAAAGACAAGCGCAGGUAUAAAGAUAGACGAAGAUCAAAGUCAACAUCACUUGAUAGAUUAAAUAAUAAAAAGAUACGAUCAGAAUCUCGAGAAAAAUCAACAAGUCGUUCAAGUAGUUCUCAGUCAAAUAUCAAGAUUCCUUUAGAAAAAACUGUCAGUAUUUCUGUCAAAGAUGAAUUCUCUAUAGAACCAAGAAUUAAAGAAAGUGUAUUAGAAGAAAUAAACGCUGAUAGUUUUGUACAAAAAAAAUUCACAUCAAAUGCGCAAUCUAAAGAAAAAAAAAUAAAUAAAAAUAUCAUAAUUGAUAUUUCAUCUGAUAAUAUUAAAGUACCAAUAAUGUCAAGUCCUUCAACUAUUUCUGAAAGUAUAUUUCACAGUUCUAUUUUUAUGGAUCAAACACUACGUUUUGAUAAAUGGGUGAAAAAAUUGUACAAUUUACGACAAAAAGCUAUGUCUGAUUUGAUGUCUAUUACUUGACAAUUGGAAAAUAAGUAUAUUAUAAUUUUUUCAUUAUUAAUAAAUAACUAAAGCAAUUAAUAAA